AUGCGGGGUCUCAUCGCUGACCCUUCGCAGCCUGCCUCAAUUUUCCAAGAGCCUGUACAUCCCUUGAGUACUACGUUUUCCGUCCCUUGGAACAGAGUCUUUAAAUCAAAGCCUGUUUGGGCCGUGUUCCUCAGUCAUUUCAGCAACAACUGGGCUGCAUACGUACUGUUAACCGACUUGCCGCUGUACUUCAAGGAGGUGCUUGGUUUCUACAUUAAAUAUGACGGAGUGCUCACCGCCAUUCCGUACUUAGCACAAGCCACCAUGUUCAUUUUUGCUGGUUCCUUGGCGGACAUUCUGCGCCUGAAGUUCAAGUUGAAGACCGAGACUGUUCGAAAGAUCAUGGACGCUUCUGUUUAUCAAAACAAAGAGUGUGGUCGCUCACCUGAUAACAACAUCUACAUUUCUUUGCCAUGCGUUCGCCAGCUGAAUGAAAAGCUGCGACGCAUUGGAUUUGCAUCCGGACCUAACCUGGUUUUCAAACCUUCUGCAACUCUACGCAGCCGACUAUGCCACCUCAAGACCCAGAAACCUAAGGAGCAGAAAGCCGGUUGGGUGUACCAACUCCCGUACUCCUGUGGUGCGGUUUACCUAGGCGAAACGGGUCAUAUUUUGCCUGCCAUAUUUCUCGUCGCUGUUGGAUGUGUCGGCUGUGACACCAUCGCUGUCGUCAGUCUUUUAAGCGCUUCCACCGCGUUCUCUGGCCUGUGUGCCGGAGGAUUCGUCGUGAAUUUGUUCGAUCUGUGUCCAAAAUUUGCAGGACUUUUGUUCGGGAUCUCCACGACGAUUGGAUCAAUUCCCGGAACAACUGCACCGGUGCUGACCGGCUAUCUACUGCAGAGGCUGAAUGUAAAACUACUCAUUUUUCAGUACAUAAAUUUGUACUAA